AUGGGCAUUAAAGGUUUGCAGGGGUUUGUGGCAAGAGUUUGCCCCGAUGGAUGCAGAACAGUCGAUCUGAGGGAGGUGGCAGAAAAACAUCGCAUCGAUCAUCCUGGUGUCCCGCCUGUUAUCGUAGUAGAUGCCAUGUGUUGUGUUAAAUACUGGUACACACCAGAAUCUUGGGUCGCUGGUGGCCAGUGGCGAGAGUACCUCGCCAGUUUAGAGGAUUUUAUUAAAGCUUUUAUGGCAGCUGGUAUCCAGUUGGUGUUUUACUUUGACGGAGUGGUAGAAGAGAAGAAGAGAGAUGAGUGGAUCAAACGGAGGUUGCAGAAUAACAAGGAAAUAGCCAGAAUAUUUCAGUUUCUCAAGACUCACAGGAAACAACCAGGGCGAGAAAUGUUCAUGAUUCCUUCAGCUUUGCCUACUUUUACACGUUUUGCCCUGAAGUCACUUGGUCAAAAAACAGUAUGCACGUUGCAAGAGGCAGACUUCGAGGUGGCUGCGUAUGGUUUGCAGCAUAACUGUAUAGGAAUUCUUGGGCAAGAUAGUGACUACCUCAUCUAUAAUACGUGUCCCUACUUCUCCAUUGAGAAGCUCCGUUUGGACAGACUGGUCACUGUUAUGUACUCUCGAGAAGAUCUUUGCCAUACACUGGGUCUUAGCUUGACACACCUCCCUCUCUUUGCUUGCUUGGUUGGCAAUGAUGUUGUUCCAGAAAGACUAUUGGAAGGCUUUUGGCAUAAAUGUUUAGUCAGCAGUCCCCACAAGAAUAACAGCUACAACAGAAGAACAAACGUACUUCUAGCUGUAGCAAAUUACAUCUCAAAGGUUCCAUGUUCGUACAGCAGCCUGAGACACUUGGAAGAGAUGCUACCUUUAGGAUCAGACAAGACAUUACUUUGCAGAGGCGUGGAAUCCUAUCUUUUGCCAGGGCAGCAGUCUCCAUGGAUUCCUUCCAACUUAACAAUUUGCCAAAAGUUCUUCUCUCAACAACAAACAGCGAUGUGUCAAGAUAUGGAAAUCUUUCAGUUAGCUAAAGAACAGCAUAUCCGAUCUGAAAAUUACACAAUCUUCAAUAUCCUGAGUAAUGGAGAGAUUAAGUGCAGCAACUCUUUGGAAGAUGACUGUGAUACAGAGAUUCCUGGACAGGCACUUAUCUACCGCCCUGCUCGUCAGCAUAUUUAUUCUGUCUUGUUGGAGUCUGGAACAGGUGGAGCCUGUCCUUUGGUAAAAGAGUGGUUUGUCUACUUUGGAAAUCCUCUCCAGAAGCCAGAGCUAAUACAGCCUGUACGACCUUCUAUUCCAGGUGGAACACCUAAUUUGAAAACACUGUGGUUUGCCAAAGGAACUGAUGUAGAAAAGCAACGGUAUAGUACAUUUCUGGCAUGCUUUCAUCUUCAGGACAGGAUGGAAGAGCUCCAAGCUCUAGAAGCACCUGUAGCAGCAUUCUGCUGCUUGCUGACCUAUCUUAUGACACAGGUUACUAGCCUCUCUCUGGAGGACUUGGAUGCAUUUGUGGCACUCAUUCUCUGCCUGAAAGGGAAAUCAGCUGCUCAACUGGCAGGUUUGCAGCUUGCAGAAGUGGACUCCAGAGCUGUGCAUCUUGGUGCUGUCAUUCUUCGUGGCCUUACAACUCUGCUCAUGGCCAAUAGUGCCUGUGGUUUUCCCUUCAGAAUGGAUGAUUUGAUGCCAUGGGAAGUGUUUGAUGGAAAACUUUUUCAGCAAAAAUACCAGCGGUCACACCAAGGUUGCUCUUUGGAAGAGCUUUUGGAAGGCAAUGACUCUUUGUAUGCACCCUUCCAAAAUCUGAAGUCUUUAAUUUGCAAGGCUUGCAUGGCUAAGAACAGAAAAAUACAGAGCAGACCAAGAGGGAAUGGAUUUAUUACAGGAACACAGCAAAGAGAAUUUGAUCCCAGGUUCCAAGGAGCACAUGGAAGUUCUUUUGUUCCUUCAUAUUAUAACCAGAUGGGGGGGUUCAUAAGAAGAAAUCCUCAACCACAAGGUAGAGAAUAUAGAUUGGGACAUCCAGACCAGACAGGACGAUUCCACCUUCCUCCUUGGUAA